AUGUUCUUCUGUCCUGUCCAGCAAAAGUCCCUGAGGGAAAAAUGGUUGCUGGAUGGAGCUGCUGGGUCGGAGCAGGAAGAGGCCAAGAAACAGCUGGAGGAGGAUGAAGUCAAGCUCAAGGGGAUGGAGGAGAACAUCAUUAGGUACGUCUACAACCCAGGAACACUGGUGUACCUACUACCUUUAUAUGUUUCUGGAUUAAUUAUAUAUCUUUAGUUCACCAGUCUUUAACCAGGCAAAACCUGCUCUUAACAUGGUCAAAGCUUGAUCUCCUGUUCUCUCUAUUUCAUUUUGCCAUGCCGGCUCUCUGGCAAUGUGGCGCAGCACAUUUGCUAUGGUUGAGACCCUUAUGCAACGUUUCUUUGAAACAUUUUAAUAAGACAUAAGUUGAACUCUUAGCUGGAAAGGAGUAUAGGCCUAUCAGAUGCUGCAAAGCACUCAAUACCAGUUAGACAAAACUAGCCAGACUUAAGAGAGUGGGUGGGGGGUGGGGGGAAUGGCAGAGGCAGUAAUGGGGGUGCUCACUGGUGGAGAGACGAACGCAGACAACGUCUGGAACAGCACUCAUCAAUCUCUCCAGUACAUAAAGGAGACCCAGUAGCCAUGAGCCCCCACCCCCUCCCUCCUCCAUCCAACCAUUUUCUUUCUCACUCAUAGCAAAACAGUGUCAUCAAUCUUCUUCUCUGGCAGUCCAUUUCGCUGAUUAAAUUCCUCCUGGCUGCUGCAGCCCAGCCCUGGCAGAACGCUGGCGCUGGCUGGCUGUAUUGGGGCUCAGACUGGGGCAACACAGGCACUAAACUGUCACAACUCCCAAUGAGCAACGCCAGCUAACAAUGGCCGCUGUCAAGGCCGGAGCUAGGGAGAAUACAGAAUGGGAUAAUGCUAAGGAGAAGCUAUUGUCCCUAUCCCAAAUAAGCGCUUAAUUCUGUUAGAUAGGCCAUAGCCAGGAAGGCCCCAGUGAGUAUUUUUUUGGUAUUUAACAAUAUGAGGACAUUUAAAGGGAUAGUUCACGGGUUUCUCUUUGGCUCUGAGCAAUUCAUUUUAGAUGAAAAAUAUCAGUGUAUCACCUUCCCAGUGGAUGAGCUCUGUAGCUGGGUGUAUACAGUGAGGGAAAAAAGUAUUUGAUCCCCUGCUGAUUUUGUACGUUUGUCCACUGCCAAAGAAAUGAUCAGUCUAUAAUUUUAAUGGUAGGUUUAUUUGAACAGUGAGAGACAGAAUAACAACAAAAACAUCCAGAAAAACGCAUGUCAAAAAUGUUAUGAAUUGAUUAGCAUUUUAAUGAGGGAAAUAAGUAUUUGACCCCUCUACAAAACAUAACUUAGUACUUGGUGGCAAAACCCUUGUUGGCAAUCACAGAGGUCAGACGUUUCUUGUAGUUGGCCACCAGGUUUGCACACAUCUCAGGAGGGAUUUUGUCCCACUCCUCUUUGCAGAUCUUCUCCAAGUCAUUAAGGUUUCGAGGCUGACGUUUGGCAACUCAAACCUUCAGCUCCCACAGAUUUUCUAUGGGAUUAAGGUCUGGAGACUGGCUAGGCCACUCCAGGACCUUAAUGUGCUUCUUCUUGAGCCACUCCUUUGUUGCCUUGGCCGUGUGUUUUGGGUCAUUGUCAUGCUGGAAUACCCAUCCACGACCCAUUUUCAAUGCCCUGGCUGAGGGAAGGAGGUUCUCACCCAAGAUUUGAUGGUACAUGGCCCUGUCCAUCGUCCCUUUGAUGCGGUGAAGUUGUCCUGUCCACUUAGCAGAAAAACACACCCAAAGCAUAAUGUUUCCACCUCCAUGUUUGACGGUGGGGAUGGUGUUCUUGGAGUCAUAGGCAGCAUUCCUCCUCCUCCAAACACAGCGAGUUGAGUUGAUGCCAAAGAGCUCCAUUUUGGUCUCAUCUGACCACAACACUUUCACCCAGUUCUCCUCUGAAUCAUUCAGAUGUUCUGACACUAUAAAGCCUUCAUUGUGUGCAUAGUUGCUCAAAAAACAAACAUUUUAGAUAGACUAGACAGAAAUCUCAAACUGUUUUUGAAUACUACAGAUGGUGUGGAACACAUUCUCAAACUGUUUGUGAGUGUCACUGACCAUGGCUGUGUGUCAAUGAUCACGUUUCUCCCUUUUCUGCAGACUGGAGCAGGAACUGGAGGAGCUGGGGACAGGCGUCUCGGCGACCUCCACCAAAGAGAGUCUGACAGAUGCAGCCAAGGAGGAGGAAGCCAAGACAGCCGACAACAAAGUGAGUCUCCCCCACCCCACCCCACCCCGAGUCAGCUGGACACAUCAGGUUCACCAGGGACACACACUAUUGGAGACAAGAGUAUUUGCCUAGGGUGUGUGUGUGUGUGUGUGUGUGUGUGUGUGUGUGUGUGUGUGUGUGUGUGUGUGUGUGUGUGUGUGUGUGUGUGUGUGUGUGUGUGUGUGUGUGUGAGUGUGUUGGGGGGCAUGUUUGAAGUAGGAGAGUGGGAAUCGAGGAACGGGGGACGUUUAGGGGGCCGGACUGCCAGAGCAAGCCUUGGGCCAUAAAUGAAAGCAAAAAAAAACGGUGUGUACCGUAACUGGCCUUGUGAUAGACUGACAGUGACAUGUCCACUUGAGCAAAUGCCAUCUUGAUAUUAUGCCAUCAGUAAUAUCAUUAGUGACAGUCCGGAUGGGCCUGGAGAGUCAGACACUGGGUCUGACAAGCAGUGUGUGGGGAACAGUUGUUGACAGGAGGGGGGCUCUUGCCCAAAGGGUAAGUCCAUAUUGACAGCACACACUGGGUAGCUUUUAGCAUGGGGGUUUCAUAGCAAUGGCUAGAAAAGAUGCUCUGUGUCUUCUGUCUCCCUCUUGAACUCAUUGGCUCUUUCCUUCACGAGUCAAUAUCCACUUCCUCAAACCAUCCAUCCUGGCACCGCUUUCCUCAAAGGGAAAGUGCUUAUUUAAUUUGGCAUCUCUUUCUACCUCAAUCGUUUUUCUUGCUUCCUUGUCGGCCAUGUUUUUUAUGGUGUACCUCAAUGGAAAAUAUGUUCCUUCCCUCAAACUAGGUUUUCAAAGAAAUAUGUUAAAUAUGUGACACAAUGUUCAUUAAUUAUGUAGCUAUGGUUUUGAAUAAGAGUGUCUCUUCAAGAAGCAAAUCCAAUACCUCAUAGCUGUGGGUUGUCAGUAGAACCGUUUCACUCAAUCUUAUAGUAUUUUUUUAAACGGAUGCUAUUCGACUGUGUGGCUCCUGAUGAUUCAUAUUGCAGAAAUAGACCCACCUUCUAUACUUGUGUGGUGAAGUUUGCUGCAGUAAUACAAAGUUCUUUCUAAAAAUGGAAAGCAUGCCAUUUACCUUACAGUGUAGAAUGGACUGAAAAUCCACUCCAACUUUCUGAGGAAGACAGAUAAGUGUAGGAGAAAUUCUAACCUGAUAAUAUUUUUUAUCUGACUCUAUAUUCCAGGUUUUUUUCUGGAUAAAAAAGGGGUUUAGGUGGUGGGCGUGGCAAAGGGCGUGGCAGGAUGUGCGGUCGUCCGGUCAGCGCAGCUGAAUUUCAGAUAACAUUUUAGAGGCCCCCAUCUUGGCGGUGUAGACAAUUGUUUGCAUUUGUAAGGCAAUUUCCUGCCAUUCUACGAAUUUCUCCAUGGAGCUGAGAGAAAAGUUGCCAAUUUUAAAGCUAAUUUCCUGCAAUUCUACACAUUUUGCCAUGCAGCUGAGAGAAAAUGUUGCAGUUUUAAAGCACAUUUCUUGAUAUUCUACAUAUUCUGCCAUGAAGCUGAGAGGAAAUGUUGCAGUUUUAAAGUAAAUUAAAGUAAAUCUGGUUUUAGUCAUUUAAGUUUACACUGAAAGUGCUUUUAGCAAGGUAGCAAGCCUGUGCAUCGCCUGGCUCAGAAAACUAUCAUGUACAUGUGUCUAGAAAGAGCCGUUAGAUAACUAUAAUGUACAUGUGUCUAGAAAGAGCCAUUAGAUAACUAUAAUGUACAUGUGUCUAGAAAGAGCCAUUAGAUAACUAUAAUGUACAUGUGUCUAGAAAGAGCCAUUAGAUAACUAUAAUGUACAUGUGUCUAGAAAGAGCCGUUAUGCAAUUAACAAUACCUAGAUACUUUGAGCUGAUUCUAGUGAACAGAGCUCUAGAAUUAAAUUAAUUGAGUCAAGUUUAGAGUAGAGGAGGAAAGGUGAAAGCAUACGAUGUGUAGUGCAAUUAACUUUACCAUUAGACCUUUACAUCAAUCAUUACCCUAAAGUAUGAAUAUUACUACUGUAUGCAUCCAAUUUAAAAGUAAUGCAAUAAGAAUACAAUUAUCAAAAGAGUGCAUACCAUAAGUCUUCAAUAUAAGGUAAAAAAUAUAUCAGUCUGUAACAUAGCAUAUACUGCAACUAUGGCGUUACAAAGUAUAGCCAGGAGAUUACAACGACACCCUACCUAGGGCGGAAUCCGAUUUCCAUAACCCCAAGCAUAUUUUACCUUUUAGCAGACACUCUUAUCGAGAGCGACUUACAGUUAAGUGAGUGCAUACAUUUUCAUACUGACCCCCUGUGGGAAUCAAACCCACAACCCUGGCGUUGCAAACGCCAUGCUCUACCAACUGAGCUACAUCCCUGCCGGCCAUGCCCUCCCCUACCCUGGACAACGCUGGCUAAUUGUGCGCCGCCCCAUGGGUCUCCCGGUCGCGGCCGGCUACGACAGAGUCUGGAUUUGAACCAGGAUCUCUAGUGGCACAGCUAGCACUGCGAUGCAGUGCCUUAGACCACUGCGCCACUCGGGAGACUUAUAUAAUUAGCAUCACUCUACUGGCCAGAAACAAUAGAAACUAAAGGCAUACAACUUCACAAACAUGACCUAAUCUAAUCAACACAACUUAAUCUAAAUAAAUGUGCCGCUCCAGCUUUGAACUGACUGCCGUCCGGCGAAACAGUUUAGAACAGCAACUCUGAAAAGAGAAAUCCAUAACACGUACAAUAAAGUGUGUCAUGUAAAAAUGUUCAGCUCUUUAUGAGCUAUUGAAAUAAUCCAAACGUGAAAAUUAAAUUCAGGGGCGCAACUUUCACUUUCAUAUUAUGUCGUCCCCGUCCCCCCCGUCCCCCCACCACUUCUAAUACCAAAGUUGCGCCCCUGAUUCAAUUCAUACAGUUACAUUUAUUUAUGUCAACUCAAGUUUCAUCAGCCUUCACUCCUAUGAGGGCGCCGUAACCCUUGGGGAACGUUCCUGCCUGGAGAAAGCAGCGGGCGUAGGUGUGCUUCAUUCCUAUGAUGUGUAAACAUAUGGCCAUCCAUCCGGACAGUGCCAUAAAUUGUGAUUGAAUCAUCAUGCUGUGCCUUGGCACCAGCAAGUCACCGACGCAAGGGUCACCCUCUCUCAUUCUAUACACCAUACAAUGUGUUUUCUGGGUUUGAUCAUGUGUUUUCUGGGUUUGAUCAUUCGUUUUCUGGGUUUGAUCAUGUCUUUUCUGGGUUUGACACUGGAUUUUCUGAGUUUGAUGCUCUACGAUGAAUGGAUUAAAAUACUUUUUUUUUUUUUCUCUCUCUCUCUCUCUCUCUCUCUCUCUCUCUCUCUCUCUUUCUCUCUCUCUCUCUCUCUCUCAGGCGGCUCCGGCAGGCACUGUGCAAGGUAACACAUCUUCUUCCUCAUUCCUCUCCUCUUUCACAAGUCUUUUGUGUUUGUCUCUCUUUCUCUCCCUCCCUCUCUCAUUCUCACCCCACUUCCUUGUUCGGUGACCACUUAUAGAGGUCAAGGAAGUGCUCAAAGUAAACAACAGCCCUCGUCUGGACAUGUCCGGAGGUGCCUCAGGUAUAAUGAAAACAGGUGAGUCUCGGUACCCUGUAGCUCACAUACUGAGACACACUGUAGAGAGACAUCUUAGAGAAAUGUUUUGCCUCUAGAUUCACUCUAGAUUAUAAUGUCAUGCUAAGCAUAUUAAAGUGAUGUUAUUCCUUUCAAUGUAAAACAAAAUGAGAGGAAUAUAUUCCUUGUUUCAUUCAGGAAUAUAUUAAUUGAUUCAUAGUCAAUUGAUACGUUAUUGACUGAUUAUAUUAAUCAUAUAAAUUGUAUCUGUGCAAUCAGACAUGCAAUAGAGCCCAUUUUUGUCCGAAAUGGAAGACAUCUCAAUAAGAUUCUAUUGGAGUCUUCUAUCUUUAUCUGUCUUUUUCCCAAACCUGGGCACCUCCUCUGUGUUUGUCUCUUUCUCUCUCUUCUCACUCUUUCGCUCUUUCUCUCUCUCCUCUCUCUUUCUCACCCAACUUCCUUGACUGCUUAUAGAGGUCAAGGAAGUGCUCAAAGUGCACAACAGCCCUCGUCUGGACAUGUCCGGAGGUGCCUCAGAUAUAAUGAGAACAGGUGAGUCUCGGUACCCUGUAGCUCACAUACUGAGACACUGUAGAGAAACAUCUUAGAGAAAUUCUGCUUUUUCACUCUCUUUUUUCUUUUUUCAAGUCUUAAACAUAGAUGCCUCUUAACAUAGAUCUGAGUACAACAUCUGAUGUCAGCUUUGUAUAAUUUAGUUACAUUUAUGAUUUUUCUAAUAAAAAAACUGUCAUUACCAAAUAAUUAUUGACAUUGAUAGAUAUUACAGUGUUAGAGAAUCUCAUAUUAACCCAUAACCUAAAUCUGAAUUUUGUUGCACAAAAUGGCAUUGCCAUCUAGUAAUUAAACAAUCUAUAAUUUAGCAAAUUUUUAGUCAUUUAGCAGACACGCUUAUCCAGAGCAACUUAUAUGAGCAAUUAGGGUUAAGUGCCUUGCUCAAGGGGACAUCGACAGAUUUUUCACCUAGUCAGCUCGGGGAUUUGAACCAGCGCCCUUUCAGUUACUGGUCCAACGCUCUUAACCACUAGGCUACCUGCUACGUCAAUAUGUAACUCCGACGUGGAACUCAUUAUUAUAAACACAAGCAGUUUGAAUGGCUGGGCAGUAGCUCCUCAAGAGUGCUGUCAGCAGUAUCACAUCUAAUGUAACACAUCAUCGAAUCUUCAUUUCGAUGACAUUUUCAUUGAAUGACAGCAACAUGAUACCGAAACGCUUGACAAUUUACCCCACUGUCAUACACAACACCUCAGUAUAGCUCAGGAUAUUGUAAUCACAAACAGCUACAGAUGGCUGGGGACAGCUUCACCUCCUAUCCAGGGGGCUUUUCAGCAGUGUCAUAACGGGGCCCUUGGCCCUCCUUCCUCCUCCUCCUUCCUCCUUCUCCUUACAUGUGGGCAUCUGUCCCCUUUAAUCAAACAUUCGCUUUCAUCAGCCUCACAGUAGCCCUGAAAGGAGAGAGGGAUUCCACUGAAAGGCUGUACUCCACAAUGAGGCAGUGACUAAUGAGUUAUUUUACUUAUUGAGCCCAGGUCCCCAUACAUCUCCCAUCUAGAGAGCCCUUUCUGAGCAGGGGGGUGGAAUGGGGCUACUUAUUGUUCGGUUUAAUCAAGACCUGCUGGGAUGAAAUGCAAAUUGCCACGCUUUCCUGGAUUAGUUUGUUUUGGUAACAUUGAUGGUGUAAUACUGCCAUCAUAUAACAGCUAAAUAACUAUCAACUAAGAAAGGAACAUAGUAUGAUCACUAUACCCAGUACAUACCCCACUCCCUGCAGGGUCUCAGGGGGAGUUGGGAUAUGCAUGAAACACAUUUCCAUUACACACAUGUACAAGUGUCCAUCCACAACUGUGUAACAAGACAUAUAAACACCCCCCAAAUUAGUAUUAUUAUAAACAAAUAAUAGAUAUACAUUAGAUAUCUAGAAGCUAGAUACGUUGAUAUGGAACAAUACAAUAUAAGGGGACUGUUAUGGGGGAUCAAUACAAGGGGAAUGUUAUGGGUGAUCAAUAUAGAGGGACUGUUAUGGGGGAUUAAUAUAGAGGGAUUGUUAUGGGGGAUCAAUACAAGGGGACUGUUAUGGGUGGGCUACCUGCCACCCCAUGAUACAUGAUACAUCUACCAGUUCCAUGCUGUGAAAAGGAUGUACUGUAGUGCUUGAAUGUACUGUAGUGCCUGAAUGUACUGUAGUGCCUGAAUGUACUGUAGUGCCUGAAUGUACUGUAGUGCCUGAAUGUACUGUAGUGCCUGAAUGUACUGUAGUGCCUGAAUGUACUGUAGUGCCUGAGUAUACAUCGGCACACUAUGUGAAUGUGAAUGUGUGGGUGGGAAGGUUAAACAGUAUUCCCAGCACAUAGUCACGUGGGAGGAACUAUUUUAAUGACAGACCACUCGGGUAUUUCAUCAUAGCUAAGUACUCACGACACCUUUAGGAGAAGACAAAAUCAAUUAGAAUGCCAUACAACAUGUUGCAUUCUCUGAAGUGAUUUGGUAUACUGUAUUUCAUGUCCUCUAUUUAUUGUCACUCUCAGUCGUGUUUCUGUACUGUAUUUUCCCCUAACAUUUGUCUUCUGUCCUAAUCUUCACAGUGAUCAACUGUCUGUCUCUCUGUGUUUGUCUAUCUGUUUGGGUGUGUGUGUGUAUGAGUUUGUGUGAGUUUGUCUCUCUGCCUGCGUGUUGGUCUGUUCUUAUUCAUUCUUGUGGACAUUCAAUGUGAUUUGUGGCUAAAGGAGUUAAAAAAAGUAGAGUAGUGCUUGUAAAGAGAUGGUAUACUGAGUAUUCAGUUCUCACAGUAUUUAUGUUGUGUGGAGAUACCCUAUAUGUAGUUAUUAUCAGAUGAUGCGAUGUUGCCAAGGCAACGCAGCUCCGCUAAAAAGUAUAACUUCUCUAUCUGUCGUCAUGGCAGCGUUAGAUUCACACACAGUGUGCACAUUACAACAAAUUAUAGUGUUGCUUUCAAAAAGCAAAGUAGUUUCACAGUCUCAGCUGUUGCGUAAUAUCAUAAUUAUCCAAAUGACAUGCAUUUUGUACAUGCUUUCCUUACAACCUGGUGUGCAUGUAAUUCGGCAAACAUAUGGCUUACCUUUUUCAUCCAGGAGCUACCCCAGUCAAAGGAAUAUCAUGAAUUGUAGUUAUGUUUACUUUAUGUGUGUUGGUGUUACAUGGGCAUACUGAUUGGUGGCUAGUAUAGACUGAUUUAGUAUGGCUUUUAGUGGAACAUUGUAGCAUUGUUGUGUAUAGUGGUUGUCUUUAAAAAAUACAAAAAAGUGAUUGAAUAGUGAAUGGUUAUUAGUGGAACUGCUGAGUGUCUAGUCCUGUUUAUAUAUAGUGGUAGAGAGAUGAUGUGGCUGUGUGGUACAAAUGACAGAAAGAGAGAGAGAGAGAGAGAUUGGCUAUGUAGUUUGUAACAUAUAGAUGUUUGGGAUGACUGUGAGUGUGUGUGAGAGGGAGCGUGAGAGAGGACACCUCUGCAGGGCCCUAACGUCUCCUCUCGUUGACACCCCAUGCACCCAGCGAUGUACUCAGUAGAGAUCACCGUUGAGAGGGACAAUGUCACGGGCGAGACUAAGGUGUUGUCCACCAACACCCUACUGCCCAUUAACCUCUCUGGGCAAGGGGUCAAGGUGUAUGAGGAUUACCAGAAAGGUGAUUUCCCAACAUGAUUCCAACAGCAAACGGAGACACUCAGCUAAGACAUGCAAAGUGAAUGCCUUUACGAGAAGUGUUAACAGCUAUGAUAGAAUACUGUUUUAUGUACAAGAACAAAUUUAUAACAAUAAUAUCACAAGAUUAAGAUAUAAUCUGAGAUAAGUAUACCUAAAAUUCUAUUUAUUACAGACAUUGCUUGUUUGAUCGUAGCCAGUUAAAGACAUAGGCUACAUCUUGUGGUUCAAUAAACUUCAUAAUGUAUUUCCACUUGGCUAUAAAAGCUUCCCAUAUACUCUGUCUCAUAUAAUGAUUGGCAUGAAUCCACUCAUUGACUGUAGAUAUUAUUAACGUGAUUUUACUUCUCAUAUAGCAAAAGGACUACAUACAGAUGUAGGAUGUUAAUUUCAUCACCCUGUUGCAGGAGAUCUUUCCAGCAAUGCAGGAAAUGUUUAACGUGUAGUGUAUUUGAGGCUUCUGAAGUUUUUAAUAUCCACUUAAAAAUUUCAGACUUGAUUUUUCCUUACGAAAAAUGUAUUUACCCCUACAAAAAUGUCUAUUCAUUAUAAUCAACAUAAUAAUGAACAUUUCCUGUUGAUGCAGGAUUAUUUUCCUGCUGUAGCAAACUGGCUCAUAUUAAGAUCCUACAUCUGUAGUUAAGCAUAGCAUGACACAGUGUUGCAGGGUGACCAAUAAGUCCAUCCCUACUUAUAGACCUGCUUUUCAGCCAAUAACUCUAAUUCAAUAGUUACAUUUGUGAAUGUGAACUUGGGCUAUUAUGUAUUGGUACAAAAAACUGUCAAUACAUUGAAAACCAAUUUGAAAUGGUCCUGUUGGUCUCCCUGUAGCUGUUUUAGUUCACCUGCUGGUAUUGGGCAUGAUCCUUCCCUACACCCCACCCGCCACAACCAACACAUCCCCACUGGUCCUCUCACUUCUUUGGGAGUGCAGUGUCAGGUUUGGACCUCUAGAGCCGGUUUCCCAGACCCAGAUUAAGCCUAUUCCUAGACUAAAAAAGCACUCUCAAUGGAGAUUCUCUAUUGAGUAUACUUUUAGUUCAGGGGUAGGCUUUAAUCUUGGUCUGGGAAACCAGCCCAUCAUGUCUUAGGUUGGUGAUAGUGCCCUGAAGGUCCGAAGAAUGAACCCUCUGCUGCAUAGCCAAAUGUUAGUGUUGGCGUAAGGCUAAGGGCGAGGCCAGACUGGCCCGUUGAUUUUAUCCGUAGCUGUGAUUUCCAAUGCUUUCUCAAUGGGAGUUGAUGGUUAGCAGAGAUGUCUAUAGAAUUUCCAUCCAUUUUCACGGACCAAAAGUUCAGAUGAGUUGACCUUUUGAUGGGCCGAAGGAUACAUAACCAUCCGUUUAGCCAAUUAGAAAAGAGGAGGCGUUUUAAGUCACACACUCCACACGCGCACGGACCAAAAUGAAUAUUUUUUAAUUUGGUGUCCGUUCUCCACGGAUCAGUCUGGCCUCCUCCUGUAUGAAGACUACAGCUCUACUUUCUCUCCUAGUCGUAUCCAUCCACCUCAUCCUGUAUGGAGACUGCAGCUCUACUUUCUCUCCUAGUCGUAUCCAUCCACCUCCUCCUGUAUGAAGACUGCAGCUCUACUUUCUCUCCUAGUCGUAUCCAUCCACCUCCUCCUGUAUGGAGACUGCAGCUCUACUUUCUCUCCUAGUCGUAUCCAUCCACCUCCUCCUGUAUGAAGACUGCAGCUCAACUUUCUCUCCUAGUCGUAUCCAUCCACCUCAUGAGUCUCUUCUGUUAGUGACACAUCUGUCGCUCUCCAUCUCUCUCUUUCUCAUAGUGGUACACGAGGUGAACGGGGAGAACGGGGUCCACCAGCUCAGCGCCAACGAGGUGGACGAGCUCAUCCACAAAGCUGACGAGUCCAUGAUGAGCGACGCCACCACCGCUGGCGCCACCUCCACCGCCCCCGUCUUCCCCACCGACGCUGAGUUGGCCGCCGAGCAGCAGACGACACCCCAGAAGGAGAUCACAGGCAUGGAGGCCAAGGCAGGCGGCGCCAGUCCCCAGCCAGGUGGAGGCGAGGUGGAGGCCAGCGCCGAGAACCCUGUCACUAUGGUGUUCAUGGGCUACCAGAGUGUGGAGGACGAGGCGGAGACCAACAAGGUGCUGGGCCUGGAGGGCACCGUCAAGGCCGAGCUGGUGGUCAUCGAGGACGGCAAGGGCAAGAAUGUGAUGGUGGGGCCCACUCCAGCCACCGUGACCGUCACAGAGGGAGGCGCCAAGGAAGAGCAGUCGCCCCCGCCCAACGGCAGCGCCGCUGACCCCACCAAGACCCCCCAGGAGACGGCCUCUGCGGGGGAGAAAGGGGGAGAGCCAGAAGGGGGCGCUACUGAGCUCAACAACAAGGAGAAGCAGCCUUGCAAGUGCUGCACCAUCAUGUGAUUCCUCCCUGGAACUUGACUUUUCAAGGAGAAAUGACAAACCAACAACAACCAUAACGUCAUGAAAACCAACAAAAACUCCCCCCCCCACCCGAAAAAAAAAAGGCAUAAAUGUUCUUUAUCUUAUGAUAGCCGGCUGUUGUUUCCCGACUUCAUUUUCAUCUACGUUUUAGGUCUUUUAUUACAUUUUUCUAACUUCUUUCCUUUCUAUUAUUUCAGGUUUUGUUGGUUUGUUUGUUUUUUGUUGUUGCCAAGGUGAGCAAUCCCUGCGUUCUCAUACUUUGAGAUUGCUGAG